CCAACUCAAAUGAAAUGGAAACAACACUAGCAUGUUCACAUUAAAAACUAUAUUUCCUUUUCUGCAGACCAAGGCUUGCGGUGCUACGAAAGUGUCUUAACCUCACAACCCAUUUCAGGACCUCCCCAAAAGCCUGCUGCCUGCCAUCGACAACCCCAUUUUACCCAGACCUCUCUUUCAGCACUCACUGCCACCUUUUUCCUAAAGCAGCAACCACUUUUGCAGUAUUUACAAGGCAGCUGAGAUUGUGGUGUUGAGGAUUAACUGAGAAGUGAAAUACCCAAUCAGCAGAGUCACAAUCUUGUGCAGAACUAGCUGCUGCAGAAGAGAAAGAGAAGUGGUGAUGGGGAGAAGGUUAAACCCUGUACUUAUGAACCCAUUCCAUGAUUUGCUCUUGUUGCUAAUGAUAAUGGUUUCUUCUCUGUCUCUUCUCCCACAUUCAUCAUCACAACUCCAGCUCCAGCCCUCUCAGCUCCAAUCCCUUCUCACAAUCCAGCAGCUUCUCAACUACUACCCUUCCUCCCUAGCCACCACCAAUGCCUCAGACAUCUGCACCUUUGACCCAGCCCCUGCAUCAUCUCUCACCCUACAGUGCUAUGAAGGCAACAUCACCCAGCUCCACUUCAUUGGCAACAUCAGUGAUGAGGGUGGUGGAGUUCCUGCUUCUCCAUUAUUACUGCCGCAAGAUUUCUCAAGCUCCUCUUUCUUUGACUCCCUUGCUGGAAUCUCCACAUUGAAGGUCUUGUCCAUGGUCUCUCUUGGCCUCUGGGGCCCUCUCCCUCCAACCAUUGGCCAGCUCUCUUCACUUGAGAUACUCAACCUCAGCUCAAACUCCCUUUCUGGAGUCCUGCCAAUGGAACUCUCAUCUCUCAAGAAUCUCCAGACGCUCAUCCUUGACCACAACUACUUCACUGGUGCAGUUCCUGGCUGGCUCACUUCACUCACAGCUCUGGCUGUCUUGAGCCUGGACAACAACUCUUUUGGUGGGUUCCUCCCAAAUACUAUGGCAAGCCUUCAGAAUCUUAGGAUUCUCUCGCUGCCAAACAAUCGCCUGUCUGGUGAAGUCCCUGAUCUUCACAACUUGACAAACCUUCAAGUUCUGGACUUGGGAGGGAACAGCCUUGGAUCUCAGUUCCCCAACAUCUCCAACAGGUUGGUCAGUCUUGUCCUUAGAAACAACAGCUUUCAUUCUGGGAUUCCUGCAGAGUUUCUGGCUUCAUCCAACCAGCUUCAGAAGCUGGACAUUUCCUUCAAUGGGUUUGAAGGGCCAAUCUCAGCACCAUUGCUGCUCUCACUCCCUUCAAUCAGCUAUCUGGAUGUUUCCAACAACAAGCUCACAGGGAUGCUCUCUCAGAACAUGUCCUGCAAUGGACAGCUCAGUUAUGUCGACUUGUCCUCAAAUCGUUUGAGUGGUGAACUACCUGCUUGCCUGAAAGCUGUUGGUUCUAGUACCAGAGUUGUGGUGUAUGCAGACAACUGCUUUUCGGGUAAAGAGCAACACCAGCAUCCUUCAUAUAUAUGUCACAAUGAAGCACUUGCAGUGAAAGUCUACCCACGGGAUAAGGCGAAGCAAACGAAAGUUGGUAGCAAGGUGGUAGUUGUUGCAUCAGGUGCCAUGGGAGGGACUAUUGGAGGGAUUGCCAUUAUCAGCCUGGUUUUCCUGUUUGUGAGGAAAGCUAAUCAUAAGAAUGCUGAAAAAGUGGCCCAAACAAGGCUCAUAAUGGAGAAUGUAUCGACUGUGAACACAGUGAAGCUUCUUUCUGAUGCACGAUACAUAUCACAAACAAUGAAGAUGGGAGCCGGUCUUCCAGCCUACAGAACCUUUGCCUUGGAGGAGCUUAAGGAGGCAACAAACGACUUCAACGUCUCGAAUUUACUGAUUGAAGAUACACACAGCCAAGUUUAUAGAGGAAAGCUAACCGAUGGAAGUGAUGUUGCUAUCAAGUGCUUGACACUGAUGAAGAAGCAAAACCAGCAAACGUUUACACAGCAGAUUGAGUUGGCCUCCAAGCUCAGACACGGCCAUUUGGACAUAACCGCUGCUGUUGAACCGAUCCUCAAAGCAGCAGUGAAGCCGAAGGCGCAAACUGCUCAUGGGAUGCUUAUGAUGGCAGUCGUGAAGGAGAUGAUGAACCUGCACUUAUCUCCUCAAAGAGUGUGCAAUCAGCCAAGGGAAGAACACGAUGAGAAGAAACUUAGGGAAUUGACAGGACCAGAGUGUUGUUUGGAUGCUUAUGAUCGGAACAUGUUCACUGGUUGUUGUCACCAACUUACUCUCAAUAUGUUCCUCCCACAGGUUUUCGGUGAUCCAUGGGAUUUAGCAGGAGCUCCACAGAAGAAGCUGACAUGGGUGCAACGGAUAGGGGCGGCCAUUGGAGUUGCUAGAGGGGUUCAGUUCCUACACACAGGAAUUGUGCCUGGGAUGUUUUCAAUCAAUCUGAAAAUCACAGAUGUUCUGAUGGACCACAAUUAUCAUGUCAAAAUCAGUAGCUUCAACCUGCCAACAUUUGAUGGGAGGAAAGGAACAGUGGCUGUAGCAGCUUUUUCAUCAGGACAAAAGCAGAAGUUACAGAACAGGCAAGAAGGCGGCGACAGUAAAGAUGUUGAAGACCUGGGAGUAAUUUUACUUGAGAUAAUAGUUGGAAGGCCCAUCAUGUACAGGAAUGAAGUCAGUGUAUUAAAGGACCUGGUUAGCACAGCAGCUGAUGAUACAGCUCGCAGGAGUAUUGUUGAUCCGGAAGUUCAAAAGGAAUGCUCAAACGAGUCAUUGAGAACAAUUGUAGAGCUAUGCACAAGAUGCCUUUCCGACGAACCGUCAAUGAGACCAUCCAUUGGAGAUGUACUCUGGAACUUGCAGUUUGCAGCACAAGUUCAAGAAUCAUGGAAGGGUGACUGCUGCCUACAGAUACAUCAAGAUUCAACUGCCUCUAGUUCUUCCCAGGCCUAACCAAGGGAUUUGUAUAUGUUCAAAUUUAUUCUUAUUCCAGAUUUAGUUAUGCCUCCAAGAAUAUAGAUACUAUUACAGGAUUUGAGGGAGAUGGUACUUGGUAGGUUGAUCAUGAGCAGUGAAUGGAUAUUGUAUAAGUAAAUCCAGGAGAGAAAUUAAGGCCAUUCUCAAGCUUUAACAAACAGCUGUCUGUGGAAAGAAUUGGGAUCCUGAGAUUGGGGCGGUUGCUACCUAUCAUAGACAGAACCAGCAUGGUUCGCCUUAGCUUGCUAAAUCAGGGAGCUGAAAUCAUUGAAUCAAUCAAAGCAACCUCACAGGCC